GUCGUCAUGGGCCGUAAGAAGAAGAAGCAGCUGAAGCCUUGGUGCUGGUAUUGUAACAGGGAUUUUGACGAUGAAAAAAUCCUCAUACAGCAUCAAAAAGCAAAGCACUUUAAAUGCCAUAUAUGUCAUAAGAAAUUGUAUACAGGACCUGGUUUAGCUAUACAUUGCAUGCAGGUACAUAAAGAAACAAUAGAUGCUGUUCCAAAUGCUAUUCCUGGGAGAACAGACAUUGAACUGGAAAUCUAUGGCAUGGAGGGCAUUCCAGAAAAAGAUAUGGAGGAACGGAGGAGGUUACUUGAACAAAAAACUCAGGCAGAGAGCCAGAAGAAGAAGCAACAAGAUGAUUCUGAUGAAUACGAAGAUGAUGAAUCCGCAGCUUCCACUUCAUUUCAGCCCCAACAAGUUCAGCCACAGCAGGGGUACAUUCCCCCAAUGGCACAACCAGGUUUGCCUCCUGUGCCAGGUGCACCAGGGAUGCCUCCAGGUAUACCACCAUUAAUGGCAGGUGUCCCACCUAUGAUGCCUGGAAUGCCUCCGGUUAUGCCUGGAAUGCCACCUGGAUUACAUCAACAAAGAAAAUACAUGCAGUCAUUUUGUGGUGGAAACAUGAUGAUGCCAAUGGGUGGAAUGAUGCCUCCUGGGCCAGGAAUACCACCUCUUAUGCCUGGUAUGCCACCAGGUAUGCCACCACCUGUUGGUCCUCGUCCUGGGAUGCCUCCUAUGACACAAGCACAGCCUGCUACAGCACCGGGCAUUCUUAACAGACCUCCAGCUCCUGCUGCAUCAGCACCUACCCCUCAGCCUCCAGUUACUAAACCACUCUUCCCAAGUGCAGGGCAGAUGGGGACACCUGUCACAAGCUCAAGUACAGCUUCCUCCAAUUCAGAAAGUCUGUCAGCGUCUUCUAACGCUCUGUUUCCUAGCACAGCACAAGCUGCAGCAGCUGUUCAAGGUCCGGUUGGUACUGAUUUCAAACCUUUGAAUUCUACAGCAGCAACAACAACAGAGCCCCCCAAACCUACAUUCCCUGCUUACACACAAUCUACAACCUCAACCACUAGCACCACAAACAGUACUGCAGCUAAACCAGCUACAUCUAUAACAAGUAAGCCUGCUACCCUUACCACAACCAGUGCAACCAGUAAGUUGAUCCAUCCAGAUGAGGAUAUAUCACUGGAAGAGCGAAGGGCUCAGCUGCCCAAGUAUCAGCGUAAUCUUCCUCGUCCGGGACAAGCUUCCCUGGGUAAUCCACCUGUUGGACCAAUUGGAGGUAUGAUGCCACCACAGCCUGGAAUUCCUCCGCAGCAACAAGGAAUGAGACCUCCAAUGCCACCACAUGGUCAGUAUGGUGCUCAUCACCAGGGCAUGCCAGGCUACCUUCCUGGAGCAAUGCCUCCUUAUGGUCAGGGACCUCCGAUGGUGCCCCCGUACCAAAGUGGACCUCCUCGACCUCCAAUGGGAAUGAGACCUCCUGUCAUGUCGCAAGGUGGCCGCUACUGAUGCUACUACACACGCUCUAAUAGGUUUUUAGAAGUGAAGUAUAGUAAAUAUGGUUCGUUAAAUUGUGAAGGCGCUGGAAUUACAUGAACAUACCACCUUAAAGGCAAGUUCUGUAACAUUAUGUUGCUAUUUGUGAAAUGAUGCCUUCACAGCACUUCAGGUGCUGUUGGACUUCGUGUCCCCAACAUAGUUUGGUGAGGGCUGUAACUGUUCCCAACUACUUGUACAUUUAAGUCUGAACAUGUAACGAUAUUUAAUGUAUUUAGAAUUCCUCCUGUUUCAGGGUUUAAGUAAACUGACCCACUAAGGUCGUGUGACUUUUCUGUACUGUUAUAAACUUCAUUGUAAUAAAAGAAGAUAAAAAUUUAUAUGCCUUUUUAUUCAUGACCAGCUGCGGACAACUGCCUGAAAGGUUUGUACAGAUGCAUGCCAUGGUAGCUGUUGGUGUACUGAACACACUGGUGCUGUUUUGAUAAAAGCUGAAUUUGUUGUUACAAAACUUUAAGUUGUUUAGGUGCACGUCUGAGUAGGCAAGACCUGUACACUUAUUAACUGACUCUUGAAAAAUGAGAGUGCAGGAGGCACAUCUUAGAUCUUGGUUGUAAUUUCUCCCAAUGGCAUAUAUUUCUUUAGUUGUGCUUUCUUGUCCUCAGUAAAUUUUAAAUGAUUUCUAGUCCUGGCAUUUGCUUGCAGGAUGUAAAAGCAGUUGCUGCAAGGUGCAUCCUAGUGCCAGACGUGUCCUUUAGGUCUUUCUUCAUCUGAUUCUCUUUAAUGUGCAAAAGGAUCCCCAUUUUAAGAGCCUUUUAGAAGGAGAUUUCUAGAAGCUUAGGUGCAUGUCACAUGGGUGAGUGACUUCCAGUUUCUGUAUUGAAGUUGACCUGCAAAAGAGAAAAAAGAACUUCAUCUCAGGGUGUGUGAAGGAGACAGAGGGGCCUAGAAUAAUGUUGUGUGCUGUAUUUUCACUUCCACAGUACUCAGAACUUCAAAUUUCAUCAUUCCUUGGGAUGAACUGUCCAUUCUGUGCUCUGAUCUGAUACAACACAAGUUUCUUGAGGCAGUUAAUGGAAGAGGCCUCCUCAUCAGUGCUCCUAUUUACAGUUAUAAAAGAGAAGUCUUAUCCAUAAGGAUUAUUUAUCUGUUCACGAGUAAAAUUAUGGAAGACCACCGAGAUUGUAGUUCUCUGCAUGUCUGACAUGGCUGUGUUAGCGUUUUGUGUUUCUGAUGAGAAGGAGAAGGCAGAGGGAGAUGUUUUGGAGGGAAGAGAAGUGAGAGGAAUGUUCCUGGUCUCUUCGCAACAAGUAGAAAGAGAGUAGUGAAUUUUUCAUUUGCAGGUCAACUUUAAAUACAUGUUCCAGCCUCAAGCCUUAUCUGUGCAGUUUAAUUUGUGGGGUUGUCUCUGUUAGGGUGUGCUAGAAGGAAUGUCAGCAUUUUUGUGUCAGUGUAAGUUCCACUGUGUUUUUAUUGUUGAUGGAUAUUUUUUUUCCCACUCAAUACUGAGCAUUGUGGCUUUUUUACUUGAAAGACUUGAGGGAUUUUUAUCUAAACUUAAGUACUCCACCUGGCUUUAAUGAGUGCUUCCUGUAGUCAUUCAGAAGUGCAGUGUGGUUAAAAUACUACGUUGUCUCUUAGCAUCACAUUUUUUGGGUCUCAGAAUACACCAGAAGGGCACUGACACAUCCAGCACACUCUGAUGUCAACUAAUGGCCUUUGUGUAACCAUGAGGAAUUGUCAUGCUUUUUCUGAAGCGUUGUUUUCAGCCCAUAACUCCAAGCCUCUGUUGAGAAGCAGUUCUCUCUGAUCACUGCUGCCUGCCGCUCACCUGUCAGAUGUGCAGCAUUUGGCUUGCAGAUGUGCUGAGUGGGCCUUGAUGUCUGAUCUUCUGUUAGCUUUUCAUCUUGCUUUAUACAUAAGUCUAACAGAACUUACGCUUAGACAGUACUUUUAUAUUCUGAUUUACUUUAGUUUACUACUUGGUUUUCUUCUGUUUAUCUCAUAAGGAUAACUGGAGCAAAGCACUAGAGAGAUCUUUAUUGUCUGUUAUUUAUCCCUUUUGUAAUGUUACACAUAGAAUUCUUAUGUUGAUUUUAACUUCUGCUUUUAGAACUUUGCAAAUUCUUGCUUUUUUCUGAAGGUCGUGUUGCUGUUGAAAUUCUUGCUUUUUUCUGAAGUGAAGGUCGUGUUGCUGUUGUAAGAAUGCUUAGCCUUCCUGCCCCUAGUAAAGCAAAUGCCUUCUUCCUUUGGUGUCUUUCUGUAACCCAUUGGUGUGAUUUUCAGAUUCCUACUUUUCCUGGGAAUGUAGUUGAGAAGAGUACUGCAUGUACUGUGAACGUACCCUAUUCUGCAAGCUUUCUUCACCAGGGGUUCCCCCCAUCAAUUAAUAAAUGUGUGAUUUUUCCAAUAAUAGCAUCGUUCUGUAGCUAAUAGUACCUAGGCUUAGAGUGUGGACAUCUUAAAAUGGAGCUUUCCUUAGUAGUAAUGUUGUUAAAACCCUCAGCUAAGCUCUGCCACCUAUUACUCAUGUUGUACUCUAACAAUAUGCAACAAGCAGUUGAAAGUUGUUUUUUUUUCUUUGUGAUCUUUCCCUUGGAUACUCCCUUUGCUCCUGUCCUUUCUGUGCUGUAAGAGCUGCAAUGUAGCUGUCUGUAGUUACUGUUGUGUCUCUCGUGUACUCUUUGAAAACAGGCAGGUACUUCUGUGCGUAUGUUGUCUGUUGGUCCCUGCCUUCAUUUCUUUGGAUACUGCUUCUUAACGUUCAGAGAGUUGGAUUUAUGGUGCCCUUCCCAAAAAGGGUAAAACAACUUUGAAUAAUUGCUUAUAAAAUUGCUUAAAACUUUUUACAGUACAGAGUUACAACCUAGCUGUGCAUGCAAAAUUGCUGAUACAGUGCAAGCAUGCAGUUUUUUUUGCUUUAGUUCAUCUUUCCCUGGAAGGAGAUUGCAGCAGUGCUCAGGACUACAUAUUUUGUGUUAUGGAACCGUAAUGAUAGAAUUAUAGGCAGAAGCUUUGUUUUUUCAUUGUUGUCUGAACUUGUCGCAGCUCUCAUAGUAAAACGAGAUGCUGCAGUUGGCUUUGGGUCAAAAUCUUCAUUUAAAUUUGAACACAAUGCCAGUGUUGAAUUGAAAAAGAAAAAAAAGCUCUGAGUGGGGAAAAGAUGUAAAAGAUGUUAAAGCAAGAUAUGAAUAUCUUGAAGUUCUGAACUGUUUAUGCAUGGUCUCUCAAUGCCAUUAUGAGAGAGAGGCUUAUCUUGUUAUAUUUGCUGAAUUUUAGAGCUGGAUGUCUGAUACUGACACGAGGAAAUCUCAGAGGAGUUCAGAGUAGCUCAUCAGAAGGCUUGCUGGGAUAGUUUUCUUCUGUCCUUAGGAUAUCUUUCUACUUUGCCAAAGUCUGCUUUAAAUAAAUCCUUGAAAAUUUUUCUUGUAUGUAUGGACCAGAAAGUCUUUAUUUUGUAAAAUGUUUGGAGUUUGUUUUGUUUUUUUUUUUCCUGCUAGAGAUGAGAUUUUUAGGUGCUGAUAAUACAUUUGAGGCUGGGAUGUAUAUGUAAUAAUUUCAGUGGAUUAUUGUUCCUUGCUCUGUGCAUGCAUAAGAGAACAAAAGCAAGCUUCUAGAAAGACAUUCAGCUGCAUCUGCCUUCUAUGGUUUCUGCUAUUGUUUUCCAUAUGGACUUAUUGAAUGAUACCUAAAUACAGCUAUGUCACUUGCUUUCUUAAAGCUUGGCUAAAAUUGAAUCUGUAACCUGGAGUUACUUUACAGAAUCAAACCAUUCAGAAUAUGAGAUGAAAAAUUCAAUACUCAGUUUUCUAAACAGUAAGAAGGGCAUUAUGGCUCUUCAGUUAAACUGAGACUGAUAACUGGUCUGGGCUGCAAUUUAAAAAUUAAUACUAUUUAAAAAUAAUAGUGAAUGUCUUAAUAAUUGUACUGGUCUAGCUUCUACAUGAAAAAUUAAGGUGAGUGUGAACACAUUCAGUGGCUGAUGGAAUCUUUCCCUCUUCUUUUGGUGAACUGGAGCACUAAGUACUGUCAGUUAGGGGAGAACUGCCCCAAAACAAUUGGCUUUUGUUCCACUGAUCAAGUUACAAAACAAAACAAACUGUCCAAGUGACAAAUAGCUACAAACAGUUUGUGUGGGCCUACCAAAAUAGGUGAUAUAGCAGUCAUUUCCUUUGGUUUGCUUGAUCACUGGAAUUUUGUUAACUUUGAAUGCAUGUCUUUCACUUAAUUGGGUCAUGUUUUUUCUAAAACUCCAAUUUUUCUUCUUCCUAUAGCCCUGCCAUAGGACAGGCUGAGGCAGAGUCUCAGUGUUGCCCUGUUCAGUCUGAGGCAAGUGGGAUUUAUUUUAUUCGUUCUGGGGGCUUUCACAGCUUUAUGGCUGUUGGAUAUUUAUGUCCCCAAACUUGCAGCAAGUUUGGUGAAGGCCCCUACUUUUAUUUUAAUUUAGGUUUUUAAUUCUCUUUUGGUAGAUGGGCUCUAUAUUAAUAUUUAUCUUUUUAUUAUCACUGUUUUUUUUAAGAGUCUCAGGGGGAGGGAACAUGUUUUGAAAGGUUUGGGUACUGUUUCACUUAAGGAACAUUUCCUUUGUGACUGGUCAGGGAGUCCUUCAGCCACACUGUACCCCUGCCCCCCUCCCCUGUGUUUUAUUUGUGCUGUAUUUGUUCUGCUUUUGAUAAUGUGACUUUUUAUACAUGCUGCUGGUUCAAAAACUACAGAUUAAUUACUAAUUUUCCUUCUGGGAGGGUGUAUUUAACAAAGUGCUUGAAAUACUUAGGCUUUAACUAAGAAGUGACAUUCCUUGUCACACAGACUUGCAGCCUAAAUUACAGUUGCUAUGGAGGAGGACAUUAACUGCUGUAUUUGUAAGCUGCACCACAACAAGUGUUAAUGUGGUGCCCUGUGAAGAACUAGAGAUUCCAGUCGAUAGAAGAAUGAGUAAAGAAAGCUGAAUUCUUUCAGUUUGUCACUUUCAUGAAAACCUUUUCAUUGAUCACUUAAAUACACCGAACUUCACAGUUAUUUGUUGCAUCAGUGUACUGGAAAAAAAUCAUCUUACUUUCUUGAAACCAUGUGGGCUUGUUGUGUAUCCAAAAUUUGCUGAAGGUUAUGGCUAUCUGAAUUUACUACUUUUGCAGAAUAGCUGGCAAAAACUUCCACCCUUUGUGAAGAAAAACGACCUUUACUGGUGCUGCUCACUUGGAGUACGCUGAUUUUGAAUGCUUGAGGUGGCUUAAAGAGAGCUUCAGAAGAGCAGGUUUUGUCCAAGGAAGUUCUUAAUUUUUUGUGGAGCACAAUGUGUUUUUCAUUUCUUCAAGAGCGUGAUCAGUAAUGAUGCACUUGGAGAUUUUCAGUAAGAUGCAUUGGAGGAUAAGGAGUGGAUUUCUCAUGGGGGGCCCAAGUAGCCUCUGACUGGAAAGUUGACAUGUCCUCUGCUCACUGUUUCAGAGUAAUUACUGAUUUCCUUACUGUGGUGCUACACUUAAGAACAGUGAUUUAAGAUACACUGCCUCAACUGGUCAUUAUUUCACUUAUUCAGUCUCUAGGAGCAUUUGGCUUAGUUCUCAUUUCCCCAGACUAUCUAAAGAAGCCAUUUAACUAAAUAUUGAGCAUGACUUGUACUUCUUUAAGUAGCUGAAUUUCUGAAAGACUCCAGAUGAAAAAAAA